AUGCUAGUGAGGAUUUUCCUAAAAUUAAUAGAAGAAGAAAGCGGAACUAAGAAUACUUAUUCAUUAAGAAAAAAUAAAAUUAUACAGAUUAUGUUAUUAGGUGAAAGGGUGAAUGAGAAAAAUUAAGUGGUUUAUCAAUUGAUGGAUGAAUGUAUUGAAUUAAAUUUUUUGAUGAACUAAAAAAAAAUAUUUUUUUAACAAGAAAGAAUAUUAGCUAUUUUAAAAAUAUAUUAGAUAACAACAAAUAAAUAGAAAACCAAAAUAUUAAAAUAGCAUGUAAACAGAUUCAUCCAAUUCAUUUGA